AUGGUGAUUCUCGGAGCAAUCGCCUUAGCCGCCUAUUUCGCUUGCAUCCGAUCUUGGUACGAAUCUUUUCGAGAAGAAGUUCAUGAGACACAUCGAUCGUUCCAUCCGUGGCCACCUGGUUCAGCUAAAUGGCAACUUCAACAAUACCUGAAAGGCAGCGGUCCACCUCCGACUAAGCAGCUGAAGGCGACUCCGCCACCAGUGAUCCAUAAACAAGUACCAAGUCCCAUCUCACCAGGACAUCUCAUCUCACCAACACCCUCUCGCUAUAGUAAAGUAGGUGAAUUGUGGAAUGAAGUUAAGAGUUUUUCUAUUAUAUGCAACAUCUAUUGGCUCUAUUGGUUUCUUGGGGUGCAAAAAGCGAUGUUGGCUUGA